AUGGGUGAAGAAGAAAACGCUGCACAAAUAAUACAGGUCAGAUCAAUCGGUAAGAUUGGAUCAUUCGACGAAUCACUCGAGACAUGGGAUGUUUACACAGAACGGGUCGACCUCUAUUUUAAGGCAAACGGGGUUUCUGAAGAUUUAUUAGUGCCGUCAUUCUUAGCUGUUAUAGGACCUAAAACGUACGGGCUAUUAAAGAACAUUGUUGCACCUACUAAGCCUGCAAAUCUCACUUACCAACAGAUUCUUGAACAUUUGAAUAGACAUCUGUGUCCAAAGCCCUCCGUUAUUGCGGAGCGAUUCAGAUUCCACAAACGAGAACAACGGUCAAGUGAAGGUGUGUUGUCUUAUGUGGCGGAACUCAGAAAACUGUCCAUACAUUGCAAUUUUGGAGAGACUCUCAAUGACACUAUACGAGACCGGUUUGUGUGUGGUAUUAACAGCGAAUCUGUCCAGAAAAAGUUACUUGCUGAGCCAGCACUAACACUAGAUACUGCAGUGAAAAUUGCGCACGCAAUGGAGACCGCAGGACGAGACGCGACAGAGCUUCGAGAGCAAAGAAACACUGGAACAGUUCACAAGGUAAAUCUUAAUGGUAGGCCUAGCCAGAAAUCAAAAUCUCGAUUCUCAGCAAAACCGCAGUCACAGAAGAUGCCAGCCCCAGCACAACGUACACACAAGGACUGCUGGAGAUGUGGUGGCGAACACAGCGUCAUGAACUGUAAACAUAUAAACAGUAUUUGUCGUUACUGUUCGAAGAAAGUUCACAUAGAGAGAGCAUGUUUAAAGAAAAAGAAGGAUGCAGAGAGAAGGACUGGGAAAAAGGUGAACUUCCUAAAUGACAAUGACGAGCAUGAUGAACAUCAGUUUGAACCUAUGUUACAUGUGCAUACUGUUAACAAUAUGAACAAAGUUGACCCAAUCAUCCUAAAGCUGAGGAUCAAAGGACAACCUAUUAACAUGGAGCUAGAUACUGGAUCGUCUGUAUCUAUCAUACCUGAAUCGUUCUAUAAACAAAAUCUCAGUGACGUACCACUUCAGGGGACCAAAAUAAAACUCAAGACUUUUACAGGUGAGAAUAUUAGUCCUCUAGGCACAGUGCAUGUACCAGUGACAUUGAAUCAGCAACAGGGAAACAUGGAUCUAGUAGUAGUGAGACAAAAUGGACCCGCACUCUUUGGUCGAGAUGGACUAUCACAGUUUAAAGUGAACUGGCAUGAAGUGAAAGUGUUUAAGCUACAACAGACUACACAGAAAACUGACACUAUGUUAAAGGAAAUUCUCGACAAACAUCAAGCCGUUUUCAGAUCCGAGAUUGGAAAACUGGAAGGAAUUACAGCUUCAUUGUACCUGGAAGAUAGUGCUCAACCAAAAUUCUGCAAGGCUAGACCCGUACCUUAUUCCCUAAAGCCAAAAGUCGAGGAAGAACUGAAACGUUUGGAAAAAGAGGGCAUAAUCAAGUCAGUUACUCACAGUAAAUGGGCCUCACCUGUUGUUCCUGUAGUGAAGAAAAAUGGUCAAGUGUGUGUGGAGACUACAAGGUAA